AUGGAUCUAAAGAAGAAUCAGAAAGAGCAAUGGAAUGAAGUUAAUAAAAAUGAAUGUGGUGUACUCAAACAAAUGGCUACAUUUCAACCAAAUGCACCACUUAAAGUUACCUUAAUUUUAGAAAAAUCAGAUGCUGAAGAUUACUUAAUGCCAAUUGAAGAUUAUGUAAAAACAAAAGAAAGAAAUAGUAAAAUAACAUGUGAAACUAUUUAUGGGUCACAAAUAUUUCCUUCAGGGAACUUUUCAGAUUCUACUGAAAUUCCUUCUUAUGAAAAAACCACAUAUUUGAACAGUCAAAACUUUACAAUGGACAAUAAUAGGAUAGUACAUAAUACGAAUGAACUAGCCUCAAAUGUAAACUAUCAAACAAUUGAAAGAAAAAAAAUAACAACAUUAUUAGACACUCUCUCUAAAAACUUAAUUCGUGUAAUAAGUCUCGGAUACGAUACAUAUAAUAAUUAUAAAAAUGAUCGAUUAAUGUUUGAAAAAGCAAAGAAUAAUUACUUACAAUUCAAGAACAAUAUAUUCGAAGUUUCAUACGUUAUUACAGAGUCUAUAAUUUUACCCCAAGAAAAUAAUUACUUCUUUAUUGAAAAGUUUAUAAAUAGAACGCUUGAAAUUGCUAAUAACGUCAUCGCAAAUAAUCAUGAUGUAUCCAGAGAGUUAUUACUAAAUAUUAUAGCAGAUUUAAUCAAUUGGACAAAACAAAAAAAAAAGGUUUUGGAAACUUCCAAAACGUUGUCUAAAUUAGACCAUAACAGUCUAACAUCAACACAUACGACUAUGAAUAUCGCACCCAUAAGUUCACUACAGUUAAAUAAUAUUAACUGUAUGUACAGUAAUCAUACAAGAGAAGAAAAUAUGCACACCACGAACGGUCAUAGUUUAAAUAAUAUUCAAGGUAUUAUUAACGGUCCAUCGCUUAAAAGAAAUUCGUCUGUUAAUAUUCCUGAAGAAGAAAACACCAUAUUAGCCUCAAAAAGACAAAAACUAACAUACGAUAAACGAUAUUGUUUAAAUAUUCCUCAAGCUUCGAUACAAAACUAUGCAAUUGGUAAUGAGCUGCGAGAAAAUGUAUCGGUAAAUGACAAUAAUAAUUUAAACAUUGAUGUUCAGUUAUCAGCACCAAGAUCGGUUUCUAGAGAUAGUGGGAUUGGAAGUCCUAUUCGCACUAACUGGCCAACUGAUCAAAUGGGUUGCACAUAUAAAGCUAGAGUUACAACAAUAGCAAAAGACGCAGGAAUGAGUAUUUGUAAAGCAACUGCGAAUCAGAUAUGCUUAGCCAACUGCAGCAGUCAGCGUAACGAUUGGAAUGCUCAUAUGCCAAAUUAUGAAAGA